AUGGCAUCAUUCGCCUCGCGAAGGCUCCAGAAGGAGAGGGCUGAGUGGCGGAAAGACCAUCCUUUUGGGUUCUCUGCAAAGCCCAUGGCUAACCCUGAUGGCAAGGGCCAGAACCUUUUUCGCUGGAUUUGUGGUAUCCCUGGUAGAGCCGGGACACCUUGGGAGGGAGCGACAUAUAAAUUAACGAUGGACUUCUCGGAGGACUACCCUGGCAAGCCGCCUAAGUGCAAAUUCGUGUUCGUGAAUGGGAAGGUCUUGUUUCAUCCCAACAUCUACCCGUCUGGAACAGUGUGCCUGAGUAUACUCAACGAGGAUGAGGACUGGAAGCCUUCGAUAACUAUCAAACAGAUCUUGUUGGGCAUCCAAGACCUCUUGGAUAACCCUAACUCGGCUAGUCCUGCCCAGGCGGAGCCAUUCCAGCUCUUUACGCAGAAUAAAGAAGAGUACCUUCGCCGUGUGAAGCAGCAAGCGAAGGACGUUGCCAAUGGAGGUCAGAAAGUAACACACUAG